ACCGGACUAGACGCUCCUUUUGUCGGAUUCGUUUCGACCUGACUCCCCGGGGUUUACGGCUGAAAAUAACACACUUUGAAAGUCCCGAAAUCAGCCAAACGGCCACCGUGGUGUGCAGUAAUAACCAGGGUUUCUGUCUGAACCAGCAGAGGCGUCAGGGGGCGGAGUCUUCUGCGUCAGGUGCUGCAUGAUGAACGGCAGCAGCAGCGCCUCCGCGCCUCAGAGCACCAGGAUCAAGGCUGAACCAGAUGACUGGAGUAAGGAGGACUGCCUGACUCUGCUGGAGAGGAUCCGCAGUCUGCUGCCGGACGGAGACGCCAUGAAGUAUAAGACCACCGAGUCGCACUUUGACUGGGAGAAGGUCUGCUUCGGCAGCUUCACUGGAGACAUGUGCCGCCAGAAGUGGCAGAAGGUGUCGUGUGAGGUCCGGAAGUACCGAACAAUGACGGAGCUCAUCGUGGACGCCAUCGAGUUCGUAAAGAACCCGUACAAAGGCAAGAAGCUGAAGACUCACCCAGAUUUCCCCAAGAAGCCGCUGACUCCCUACUUUCGGUUCUUCAUGGAGAAACGAGCCAAAUACGCCAAAAUCCACCCCGAGAUGAGCAACCUGGACCUUACCAAGAUCCUGUCCAAGAAGUACAAGGAGCUGCCCGACAAGAAGAAGCAAAAGUACAUCACAGAGUUCCAGAGAGAGAAAGAAGACUUCGAGAAGAACAUGACUCGCUUCAAGGAGGAGCAUCCGGAGCUGAUUGAAGAGAAGAAGAAGUCGGAUCUGCCAGAGAAACCCAAAACUCCUCAGCAGCUGUGGUACAACCACGAGAAGAAGACUUACAUGAAGCUUCACCCUGAGGUGAGUCAGAAGGAGCUGAAGGAGGCUCUGAGGAGGCAGUGGUCCCAGCUGUCCGACAAGAGGAGGCUCAAGUGGAUCAGCAAGGCCCUGGAGCUGCAGAAAGACUACGAGGACAGUAUGAGAGCUUAUCAUGAAGCUCAUCCAGACGUCAACUCAGACGAUCACGUUCGCUCCGUCCUCACCAAAGCUGAGAGACAGCUGAAGGACAAGUUCGAUGGACGGCCGACAAAACCUCCACCUAACGGGUACUCUCUGUACUGCGCUGAGCUGAUGGUGAACAUGAAGGAUGUCCCCAGCACGGAGCGCAUGGUUCUGUGCAGCAAACAGUGGAAGAUGAUGACGCAGAAAGAGAAGGACAUGUUCCAGAAACGCUGUGAGCAGAGAAAGAAGCAGUACGACGUGGACCUGCAGAGGUUCCUGGAGAGUCUUCCAGAGGAGGAGCGGGACCGAGUCCUGACGGAGGAGAAGCUGGGCGGAGCUAAGCUGGCGGUGGGCGUGGCCUCCAGCCCACACAGAGCCAAGUCUCCAUCUGCUAAGGAGCGCUGUCGGGAGGCGGAGCCAGAGCCGUGGGUUCCUGCUGGACCGCCCAAGGACAGGAGAGAUGGAAAGAAAACGGCGAAGCUUCCAGAGACGCCAAAAACAGCCGAGGACAUGUGGCAGCACAGUGUGAUCGGAGACUACCUGGCCAAAUACAGGAGCGACCGCAGGAAGGCGCAGGCGGCGAUGGAGGCAGCCUGGAAGUCCAUGGAGAAGAAGGAGAAGAUUACUUGGAUCAAGAAGGCGGCCGAGGACCAGAAACGUUACGAGGUUCAGUACCGGCCUGUGAGGGAGCUGUUGGAGAUGAGGACUCCGGCUGCAGGUCAGAGGAAGCCCAAGUUUGACGGAGAACCCAAGAAACCUCCAGUGAGCGGCUACCAGAUGUUCUCCCAGGAGCUGCUGACCAACGGUGAGCUGAACCACUUCAGCCUGAAGGAGCGGAUGGUGGAGAUCGGCAAACGCUGGCAGAAGCUCAGCCAGAGUCAGAAGGACAAGUACAAGAAGCUGGUGGAGGAGCAGCAGGUGGAGUACAAGGCCGAGCUGGAGACUUGGGUCAAGUCUCUGUCUCCUCAGGAUCGAGCCGUCUACAAGGAGUUCUCCUCCUCAAAACGUCGAAGCACCGCUAAAGUCCGCAGCAGCCCCAGCGCUAAAGUCCGCGUGACAGCCAAGGGGAAGGCAGGAAGCUCCAGAGCCGCUACGCCCGGGCUAGCUGUUAGCAAGAGAGCUAUGGCUUAUAGGGCCAAGCAGGACAUGUCGGACUCGGACGAGGAGGAGAAAAGCGACUCGUCGGACUCGGACGAAGACGACGAGACAUCAGGAAGCAGUGACAGCGAAGAUGACGACGAGAACGACGAGGAUGAGGACGAAGACGAGGACGAUGAAGAUCAGACGUCUUCAGAGGAGUCCAGCGACUCGGACUCAGACUAGCUCCGCCCUCUCCCCCUCAUUGGAGAGGACAGGCUGUGCAGGCCACGCCUCCUCACAUGCCAAUCAUAGCGGCGGACCAAUGAGAGGAGAGAGGACGUCGUGUUGCGGUCGCCUGUGAAGGGGGCGGAGCCUGACGGAGCGUUUUGUUACCUGUGUGUUUGUUUCCGUUUUUUAUUGAGUGUUUGUUGGUUUUUAUCUGAUGGACGUUUCAGACGGGCGGAGGCAGGGAGAGGUGGGCGGGUUCUGUUUUUGAGGUGCUGGGGCUGGGGGCGGAGUUUGUACAAAGUUUAACAGGUAUUGGGCGGGGCCUGUUGGUUGUCAUGAGUUACUGCUGAGUCGGUGUUGGGCCUCCAAUCAGCCGCCAGCCUGAGGAAAUGGUAAAAAUAAAUGCACUUUUUCUCA